AUGCGCCACACUGUAUACACGGUACCUGAUAGAAAACCGCCAUGGUCGCCUUUUAGGCAGCUCACUGGGACGCAAGGCGGAACAGGUAAUGCAUGUGUUGGUGCCGUAUGUUUUUACUUCCGGGUCUCGGAUCGAUCUUCGGAAUUGAAGAUUGGUUCAAAGUUCGGAGCCAAAGCUAUGGUAUCCAGUGACAACGGCGUGUUUUUUCACUACUACCCACUACGGACGGUACGUACCUACUACCUACUCUCCGUGUUUCAGGCCGAGUUGCGAGACGCUAGAGUUCAACAUGUCCCCCCGCCUUCCGAGUCCCGAGUUCAGUCGAAUCAUGGUCAGCGGAUGAACACGCUCUCGUUCGCGACUUUUUACCAUGGAUGGAACCUCUAA